ACAGUCAGCUGGUCGAUGAGGAAGUAAACAAGAGUCAACUGAAGGGACAACAGGACGGAGAAAGGACCAGCUGUCCAAAUGACAUCUCUGAUUUGCACUUUACAAGACCAUCGAGACGAUGUCAACUGGUGUGCCUUCUCUGGCAAACUGUUAGCCACAUGUUCUGGGGACAAAACUCUCAGGAUAUACAAUACCCGCGACUUCUCGGAGCUGCCCUUCUCACCGCUGUCGGGCCAUGGCUACAGCGUCCACUGCUGCUGCUUCAGCUCCUGCGGACAGUUCCUCGCCUCAUGUUCAACCGAUGCAACCACGUUGGUCUGGUCCAUGGACACGGGUGAGAUCGAGGCCGUCCUGGAGCAUCCUGGUCGCAGUCCUGUGAGGAUCUGUGCGCUCUCUCCUGACUCUGCCUACCUGGUUUCUGGUGCAUCUGAUGGCACGUUGGCUCUGUGGGAUUUCCCCUCCAGACAGCUGCGCAGGACCGGAGCAGUGAAUGACACAACAAUGGUAGCCUGCUCCUUCAGCCCCUGCAGUCAGGUGUUUAUGACUGGCUCUACCUAUGGAGACCUGCGUCUGUGGGACCUGGACAUGAAUCAACUCCACGCAGAGAAAAAUGCUCACGACCUGGGGGUCACCUGCUGUGCCUUCGCUCCCAGCAUCCUCAGUGGGGAUAAAAUGGUGCAGUUUCGUUUGGCAUCAUGUGGGCAGGACAGUCAGCUGAAGAUCUGGGCAAUUAACAAGUUCAGCUCUGGAGCUUAUAAGAUGCAGCUCCUUCACACGUUAACUAGCCAGUCGGCUCCGGUCCUCUCCUGUGCGUACUCCUCAGAUGGACAGUUGCUGGUGUCUGGCUCUGUGGACAAAACUGUUACAGUGUAUGAUGCUAAGAAUGGAGUUUUGCUUUACACACUGAACCAGCACGAGAGGUACGUGACAGCAUGCGCCUUCUCUCCGACUUCACCACUGAUUGCUACAGGAUCCAUGGAUAAAACUGUAAACAUCUGGAGGCUGGAGGAUGGAUGCAGUGGCCAUGGCGGGAAGUCGAUGCCUGAGAAUUCUGCACUGACGUCAAGUGAUGGGAGAACCUCAGCGCGCAGAUCGAAGCUGCUGGUCAGCGAUUGGUCGGAGGAGGAUGUGUCAGUGUGGCUGGCGGAGGAAGGCCUCGAGGGAUUGGUGGGCACAUUCACAGCCAACAACAUAGAUGGGACAGAGCUGCUCAAUCUCACCAAGGAAACGCUGGCGUCAGAGCUGCACAUAGGUGAGGAAGACAAACAUCACACGCUGCUCCGCGAGAUGAGAGCUGAUUCACUGUGUUCGGCAAUUCUAUGGUUCUUUGGGUCAAUCACCAGAGAGCUGAUGAGGGAACCAGUCAUUGCUGCUGAUGGAUACUCAUAUGAAAGAGACGCCAUCGAGAGCUGGAUCAACACUAAGAACCGCUCCAGCCCCAUGACCAACCUCCCCUUACUGACCACUCUGCUCACCCCUAACCACACCCUGAAGAUGGCUAUUGGCCGCUGGAAGACUAGCCACUAGCAUCUGCAACACCUUUGACCCACAGUGCUCCAAAUAUUUUCCCUAAAGUAGACAGAAACCAGAAUACAGUGCUCCCAGGGAUGCCACAGCAUGACGGAUACAAGUGUGUGAAUUUGUUUCAUUUGUGGCACACUGUUUCUUUUUUGCAUUCAUUUGUAAAGCUGCAAUUUUUGAACACUGGGGAGGAAAAUGGCAAACUCUAAGUGUACUUUCGGCCUAUGAUUUUUUUUUUUUAUGGCUAAAAUGUUGCCUGCUUACACAUCAAGUAGUUACAGAGCAAUAUGGAAAUCCUAGGGGAGUGCUCUUUUUUUUUUUGCCCACCAGAAGAAUGCAAGUUUAAGGCGUCUAUAAUAUAUAUAUAUAUUUUUUUAUAUUAACAAAGCUUUAUAGCAAGCUUCAGGUCUUUUUUAGCUCUCCAGCCUGCAACUUUAGUAUUCUGGUUCAAUUUCACUGCUCUCAUAGUUUUAGUGGAAAAGCUCUUUUCUUUCAAAAUCCACUGUACACUACCUGCUCAGCACCAGACAGCAGACAGAUAAUGUUAGUGGCUAACUGGUGAACAUAGUGGAGCUAGAGCUAAAGAGACAGAGUUGGUAGAGACCAAAAACAGAGAGUUAAUAUUGGACUAACAUUUACCAGGUGGUCAGAAACAUGACUCCAAAUUAAUGUUCAUGUUGCUCUGUAAUAACUGUAAUACUGGAUAUAAGGAACUGUUUGCUAACAAGUUUGCCAUAUUAAUCUAAAAGGUGAUAUGUCAAUGUUUUCAUGUCAUGUCUCUGCUGCCCCCAAGUGGCAAAAAAAAUAGUUUCUGCAGGUUUAAUACUGACUUGCCUUUCAUUUAACUUGGUCUGCCAAUUCCUCAAAAGUACCUUACUACUUUCUUGCUUUGCUAAAUGCUGGACUUUUUUCACCAGCCUCAUUUACUUUAUCUUCAGGUCAUUUUUGAGGUCUUAAGUGCUGUACAGAAAAAGCAUGCCUAUAAAUAAUUAUACACUAUGUCAGCAAGACUGCAGGCUCCCAAAUGAAAAAAAUAUAUAAAGUGCAAAUGAAUAACAUUUAGUUUUUAUAAUCUUCAACAGGUUCACCAUUUCUGGUGAUCUAGCUAGCUGUACACAGGUAGAUAUUUUGCUUUGCUUGAUUUUUAAAUCUUAAAACUUUUUCACUUUCAUUUUUAUUUUAUUUUGGUGACCCUACAAAAGUGGUUUCCACUGCCUCGUUUUAUUGGUUUCAAGGAAAUCCAACCCAGUGGCAUAAUAUAUAGAUCUGAAUAACCAAAAACAAUGAGCUGUAAGUUAAAGCUACAUAGAGCUACAACCUGGGGUGUUGAUUUAUGGUUGGAGCCGCAAUAAAACAACCCCUAGAAAUAUAGUUUAUUGGAGCUUUAAUUGAAAAUUAGUAAUGAUUGUUAUCUUUCUGAAAACAACUAUUUCCACUACAUGCGGGGAAGCAUUACAUAUAAUACAUACAUAUAAGUUUUUUUUGUUUUUUAGGUUGUCUGAACAUUGCAGGACCUGGCUUAUGACAAACCCUAUGGGAAUAGUGCUUGGCCAAAGUAGUUGAGGGUUUACUUCCCUGUACAAGCUAACAUCCAGCUUUUGAUGAUAUCAAUGAAGACAUUUCCAUAUUCAGAAAUUGCAGUGUCAGCAUUUUAUAAACAAGUAAUUUAUUUUGAUGGCUUACUUACAAGUUAGGUUUUACUGUGAAAGGACAAAACCUUUCAUCCAUCCAUACACACUCUGAAGCUUACGCAACAUUUUAUGGAUUUUACUGUGAAAGAAAUAGAUGUAGAAAUGUAAGUCCUCCAUUAAUAUUUUAUUAUACCACACUAAUGAUGUGGUAACAUUCUGUAAUCCAUAGUAUGACUCUGAAAAGGGUAUAUGAUAACUAUGGACAUACAGCAAUGUAAGACGUCUCUUAAGAGUUGUUAUACUGCAACUGUUGCUCGUGUAAUUGCUCUCUCUGUGUCCAAAUAAAUCAAUAAACACUCCAUAUGAAUAUGUUCU